AUGACGGUGCCCAUCAAACCGCCCGAUGGCGCCGCCCCGGCCCCGACCCAGGCCGAGGUAUCCUCCGUGAUCAACACCAUCUUCACCGCUAAGACCUCCUCCGCCUCGAUCGAUGCCUGCUAUGGCCUUUGCGAGCUCAUCCUCAACUCGGUUGGCUUCCAGGGCCUACACUACUAUGGCGUCCUCGCCGAGGUGAAGAAGGCCGCUUCCGACAAAAAGAGCGGGUUGCGCCGCGAAAGCGCUCAAAACCUGCUCGGCGCCCUCUUUGAGCGAUUCCCUCCCCGCCAGCCGAUCAGCGAAAUUGUCUUCCUCCUCCAGGAUGGCGGCAUCCUUGGCUGCGCACUCGACGCCCUUGCCGAUAAGGGUGCCGUUGUCCGGGACGCCGCCCAAUACGGUAUCGACGCCCUUUUCUCCAACCUGUCUGCCGAGGCCAUGGUUGUCGCCCUUCUUCCCGCCCUCCUAGAGUACAUCAAGAAAUCUGGAGGCAAAUGGCAGGGCGUGGUGGGCGCUUUCAAGUUAAUGGAAAAGAUGGCCGACAAGGCCAAGAUCAGCAUUGGGACCACAAAGGAGCAGGCGCAGGAGCAGGACUUCUUGCGCGAGGCGAUGGGCGCGAAACUGGCGAGCCUCAUCCCCAUUGUCGAGAACGGCAUGCUGGACAUGAAGACCGAGGUGGAGAAGCAGGCUGUCAAGACGAUGACCUCGCUGACGUCCCUCCUCUCCAAUGACGACGUUGCGCCGCGCAUCCCACUGCUCAUCGAAACCAUGCACCACCCUUCGGCCGAGGCCGUGCAAAAGGCCAUCCACGCCCUAUCGCAGACAACUUUCGUUGCUAUCGUGACAUCCCCCGUCCUCGCUUUGCUUACCCCUUUCCUCGAGCGCUCUCUCAACAACCCAACCACGCCACAAGAAGUUCUCCGCCAGACCGUUGUCAUUACCGAGAACUUGACUAAGCUUGUGCACGACCCCAUUGAGGCCCGCACUUUCUUGCCCAAACUCCAGCCCGGCGUUAAGAGCGUCGUCAACAGGGCUUCGUUGCCUGAGGUGCGCGAGCUAGCCACCCGUGCUCUGGGGGUCAUGGAUAAGGCUAUGGGCGACGACAAGACCACCGUUGUGGAGCGGACCUCGGUAGAAGAUGUCGCCAAGGUCCUAGACGCCGAGGUCACCACCGCGGGUGGACUGUUCGGAGAUGCUAACGCCUACGCGCUAGCGCGCCCCUACAUCGCUGAGAUGGUGAGCGAGGACGUCAACCACCGCCAACUGGAUCGCAUUCCUUCCAAGAUUGUACCGUACCUCCAGUUCUUGACCCCGGCGGCGGAGACCGUUGCCGCGGCUGUUCACAAGUUUUACGUCGAGGAAGACCACCGCAAGUAUGGCGUACCCGAGAAGGAAGACGACGGCGAGAUCGAAAUCGUCAAUGCCGAUUUUUCGCUUGCCUACGGCGGCAUGCUUUUGCUAUCGCACACCAACCUGAGGCUGCUCAAGGGCCACCGUUAUGGCCUGUGCGGCAGGAACGGUGCUGGAAAGUCUACUUUGAUGAAGAGCAUUGCGGGGGGCAAACUCGAGGGUUUCCCUCCUCAGGAUGUGCUGCGGACUUGCUAUGUCGAGCAUAACCAAGGUGAGGAUGCCGACAUCAGCAUCCUGGAGUUUGUGUCCAAGGACCCCACCAUCGCGAAGGAAGGCAAAGAGAGGAUAUCGACUGUCUUGGAGGAGUUCGGUUUCACAUCUGGCCCCGAGGGUCGCCAGUCGCAAAAGGUCGGCUCGCUCUCGGGUGGGUGGAAGAUGAAGCUGGCUCUUGCGCGUGCCAUGCUCCAAAGAGCCGACGUCCUGCUCCUGGACGAACCGACUAACCAUCUUGAUGUCGCAAACAUCAAGUGGCUCGAGAACUACCUUAAAUCCCACACCGACAUCACCAGCUUGAUCGUGUCCCAUGACUCCGGUUUCCUCGAUGAGGUCACCACCGACAUCUACCACUACGAACCCAACAAGAAGCUCGGGCUCUACAAGGGCAACCUAGCCGCCUUCGUCCAGGUCCGCCCGGAGGCCAAGAGCUACUACACCCUCUCGGCGUCCAACGUCCAGUUCAAAUUCCCCCCUCCGGGUAUCCUCUCCGGCGUCAAGUCCUUGACACGCGCCAUCAUCCGCAUGACCAACGUGUCGUACACCUACCCCAACGCCCCCAAGCCCUCGCUAAGCGAUGUGUCUUGCCAACUGACCCUGUCGUCCCGCGUGGCCAUCAUCGGCCCCAACGGUGCCGGUAAAUCGACUCUGAUCAAGCUCUUGACGGGCGAGGUCAUCCCUUCGGCCGGCAAGGUCGAGAAGCACCCAAACCUGCGUAUCGGGUACAUCAAGCAGCACGCUUUGGAGCACGUGGAAAUGCAUCUCGAGAAGACACCCAACCAGUACUUGCAGUGGCGCUACGCCCACGGCGAUGACCGUGAGGUGCACAUGAAGCAGACCCGUGUCUUGUCCGACCAGGACCGGGAGCAGAUGGACAAGUUCAUCGAUGUCGGUGAUGGCAAGGGCAAGCGGCAGGUUGAGUCGCUUGUUGGGCGGCAAAAGUUCAAGAAGACCUUCCAAUACGAGGUCAAAUGGCGUGGCUUCCUCCCCAAGCACAACACUCAAAUCUCACGCGAAACCCUCCUCGAGCUCGGCUUUUCCAAACUCGUCCAAGAAUUCGACGACCACGAAGCCUCCCGCGAGGGUCUCGGCUACCGCGAGCUCCAACCCUCCGUCAUCUCCAAGCACUUCGAAGACCUCGGCCUGGACCCCGAAAUCGCCAACCACAACGAGAUCGGCUCCCUCUCCGGCGGCCAAAAAGUCAAAGUCGUCAUCGCCGGCGCCAUGUGGAACAACCCGCAUCUCCUCGUCCUCGACGAACCGACUAACUUCCUCGACCGCGACUCCCUCGGCGGCCUAGCCGUCGCCAUCCGCGAUUUCCGCGGCGGCGUCGUCAUGAUCUCCCACAACGAAGAAUUCGUCGGCGCUCUCGCCUCCGAACAAUGGCUCGUCCAAGACGGCCGCGUCGCCCACCGCGGCGCAUCCACAGCUGCCCUCGACCGCUUCGAAGACAGCGUCACCAGCCCCGGCAACAGCAAGCCCGCAUCGGCGUUCAACAGCGGGUUGAACACGCCGAUCCCUAGUUCGAGCGCUGUUAGUAGUGCGGUGAAUAGCGGGGCGGAGGAUAAUGGGGUUACGGGGGAGAGCAUGAAGUUCCGCGCGAAGAAGAAGAAGAAGUUGACCAAGAAGGAGUUGAAGGAGAAGGAGGCGCGGAAGCGGUUGAGGCAUAUUGAGUGGUUGAAUAGUCCCAAGGGUACGCCCAAGCCGCUUGAUACGGAUGAUGAGGCGGAGUAG